UGCCAUUGGUGACACUGUAUAACUCUCUUAAAAAAAAAAAUAGGGAUUUCCUAACUUGUGGUCAAAAGGAGAAGUUUAUCCCAGAGAGAGACGGCAGCAGAGUACAGUUGAAGACUGCUCGGCAGCGCUUCCCAGUCCAGCCUUCUCCAGUCUACUCGGGAGGAUCCAUUGAGCUGAAGCACUUGUUCCUUCAUCUGCCUCACAACAUACCUGACCUGUGCUGAAGAGGCACCUGCAGCCCAGGGGAGAUGGACCCUGCCAUCCUGGUGCUUCUGGUGGCAGCUGGCAUCUGGCAUGGCUCGGCGUCUCCGACAAUCGACCCUAAUGUCACCGUCCUGAUCGUAAACAAGGGAGACCCUGUAAACUUGCACUGCUCUGGGGAUUUCAGCGUGGAAUGGGUCAGCGCAAGACAGAAUAUGAUCGUGUACCCCAGUGGCACUAACAGCACUCUCAGUAUUACCAGUGCCAGUUACAGGGACACCGGCACCUAUCAGUGCGCUUAUACCAACAGCAGUGACAUGGAGCGAGCAUCCAUCCAUCUCUUUGUGAGAGAUCCCAAGAAGGUGUGGUAUGUCCAUAGCAUCAGUGUCAGAGUAAGCGAAGGCCGUGAUGCACGGCUGCCAUGUCUGAUCACUGACCCAGAGUAUGGGUCCAACGUUACCCUGCUGAAGGAUGAUGAUUCUCCAGUCUUACCAGGGACUGAGUUUUCUUUCAGCCCUCAGGAUGGAGUAACCAUAUACAGCGUGCAGCAAGAUCAUAAAGGAUAUUACAGGUGUGGGGCCCAUAUCAACGGAAAAGUGGAGAGGUCAUCGAAAAUCAGAUUGAUUGUUCUAAAAGCAACAGUAAAGCCGCUCUCAGUCACGGUGGAGCAAAAAGACCACGUGCGAAUACAGGGGGAACGUUUCCAGAUCAUCUGCAAUUUAAUUUCUCCUUCCCACAAGUACAACGUCAAGUGGAUCCAUCCAGCUCAGAAUGUCACCACCACGAUCAACAACAACUUUGAAAAUGGGGACUAUUACGUUUCCUUCACCCUAUACAUUCCAGCGGUGACAAUAGGAGACAGUGGACAAUACAGUUGUGUAGCAAACAAUUCUGUGGGAUCCAGUAAUUCUUCAACUGUGCUCCAGGUUGUAGAGAGAGGUUAUGUUCGUCUGUUGCCCAGGCAGAACUGCAGCCACGAAGUAAAGAUAGGAGGAAAUCUGGAACUGCAGGUCUUGAUUGAGGCUUACCCCAGACUUAGCAACUGGAUUUGGACACAUGAGAAUCCUUCCCAACACUCUGUGAGCGUCCUACACAAUGGCCAAAUGGUCCAUGGUAACAACAGGUACACCACCACGCUCUCCCUGAACCGGCUGAAAGAAGAUGAAAGGGGACUGUAUACAUUCUACGCUGCGAAUGAUGCGGCCAAUGCAUCCGUGACCUUCAGCAUCUCCCUGAAAUUCCCGCCUGAGGUCCAUCAUGUCGGGAUGGUAUUCAAUGACUCCACGAGCCUUCACUGUGUAGCCAGUGGUUACCCUGCUCCACAUAUUGAGUGGUAUCAGUGCCCCGGGCAUGCAGACAGAUCUGACCAGGGAAGAACACUGAUUCGGAAUGACACCAGCCCAGGGGUCAUAAGCAAAUUGCCCUUUGGAAAGGUGAAAGUAGAGAGCAUCCUUCAAAUUAAGGAGUUUGAGUACAAUGUUACCUUUUGCUGCUGGGCCAUUAACAGCGAGGGGAAUGACUCACAGAUACAUAGCCGUGUCCCUUUUACAGAAAGAACCCAGAUGCGCCAACAUGAGCUCUUCAACCCCAUUCUCUCCACCUCUGUGGGAAUAUUGGUCUUGCUUCUCCUGCUGCUCUUCUUCCUGCUCUACAAAUAUAAUCAGAAACCAAAAUACCAGGUGCGGUGGAAGAUCAUUGAGGCCUGCGAAGGGAAUAACUACAUCUUUAUUGACCCCACCCAAUUGCCUUACAAUGAGAAAUGGGAAUUCCCCAGGAACAACCUGCAGUUUGGAAAGACCCUGGGAGCAGGAGCCUUUGGAAAAGUGGUAGAAGCCACUGCUUUCGGGCUGGGGAAGGAAGACACUGUCCUCAAAGUGGCUGUGAAGAUGCUCAAAUCAACAGCCCACACAGAUGAACAGGAGGCCCUUAUGUCUGAGCUGAAAAUCAUGAGUCACUUGGGCCACCAUGAGAACAUUGUUAACCUGCUGGGAGCCUGUACUUAUGGAGGCCCAAUUCUGGUUAUCACUGAAUACUGUCGCUAUGGAGACCUGCUGAAUUUCCUGCGGAAGAAUGCGGAGUCCAUAAUCAUCCAGGACUCAAGCCUGGACUCCUCUCUGGAUAGCACAGCCGAUUACAAAAACAUCUAUCUGGAGAAGAAGUAUGUCCGAAGUGAUAGUGGGUUUGCAAGCCAGUGUUUGGAGACCUAUGUUGAAAUGAGACCUGUGCCGUCAGACUCCAUGCCAGCAGGGGAUAAGUUACAAGGCAAGAACCCAGAGGAAGAACAGGAUACUCGGCCCCUGGAGCUCUAUGACCUGUUGCAGUUCUCCAAUCAGGUGGCCCAGGGAAUGGCCUUCCUUGCCUCAAAGAACUGCAUCCACCGGGACUUGGCAGCAAGGAAUGUGCUAGUGACCCACGGACGAGUAGCCAAAAUCUGUGACUUUGGGCUGGCGAGGGACAUCAUGAAUGAUUCAAACUAUGUUGUCAAAGGCAAUGCCCGUCUGCCGGUGAAGUGGAUGGCCCCAGAGAGUAUCUUUGACUGCAUAUACACUGUGCAAAGUGAUGUGUGGUCCUACGGCAUCCUCCUCUGGGAGAUCUUCUCGCUGGGUAAAAGCCCAUACCCUGGCAUGCUGGUGAAUAGCAAGUUUUACAGCAUGGUGAAGCAGGGGUAUCAGAUGGCCAGACCAGACUUUGCUCCUAUGGAAAUGUAUCGCAUCAUGCAAGCAUGUUGGAAUCUGCAACCCACCCGGCGGCCUACCUUUGACCAGAUAUGCCAUUUCAUUCAAAAGCAACUGGAUGCCAACAAGGAACAGGACUAUACAAACCUCCCCAGUAGCUCGGAGGAAGACAGCGUGUGCGAGCCCUCUGGCUGCUGCGAAGAGUCCUGUGACCAAGCAGAUAGCAGCAGUCAGCCUCUUCUGAAGGGCAACAAUUACCAGUUCUGUUAAUGUGUACGGUCAAAGUUGGAUGGAUCUUCCCCCAUCAUCAUUGCAAAGGACUUGGUCCCUCUCUUGGCUAGAAGGCAGGUUCCUUGUGCUCAGUGUCUCCUUAUCUCUGUGCUUCUGAAGUGUGAAAGAAUUACAGAACUCCCCCCUGAAAGGGCAUCAUUAGAGGAGCUAAGAGCCAAGACUCAUGCAUGAUCCCUACAGUGUUGAAGCAUAGCUCAAAGUCACCAGGAAUGUUAAACAUGAUCCAUGUAUAUGAGGAGAGGAUCAGAUCCCCUUAGAGUCUCUCACCAACCCUGGUGACAUACAGGCCCAUUGAUGCAGUCAUCUUGACAAGCAGUUCCUAACUCUGUGCUAGUCAGUUCGUGCUUGGCUGGCUUUUGGCUUGUAAGAUGUUUCCAAAGGUCAGUUUUGCAGGCUGGCAUGCAUCCACCAUGUAUUGUUCUACACGGAUAUGUAUUGCUGUGCACCUAUAAUAGAAUCCUUGUGUUUCUGUAUGUGAGUGGGUGUGCCUGCAGGCACAAGAGCUUCAAAGUAAGCUACUUUAACUCAGACAGCCCUGCCUGUUAAUAAUGAAACAACCAGCCUUUUUCUUCACUAGUCUCCCUCCCUCUCCUCUGUAUAUGCACGUUACAGAGUAUUAAUUAUAGCUGAAGAGUUUCUCUAGCAUUAAAUAUGUGGCAUACCCCACAUCCCAGCUAAGUGAAGAUGAGGAUUCUGCAUCUCAUGUCACCCAAACUGCUGCUGACAUGACACUCAGCAUUACAGAUUUUGUUGAGAGGACAGUCCCUUUGAGCCAUUACUGCUCCAGAGGGUGAAUGUCCCCAAGUGAAAUUUAAAGAGAGCAGGGCUGUACUUCAUAAGGGGGAUUUACAUCCCAUGCCUAUCGAGGAACGAAUGGCAGCUUUUUAUAUUGAUCUGGAAACAGCUCAACAUUAUACACACACUGUAAUGUAUGUCUGAAUUAUUGAACAAUUAAUGUAGCAACUCAGCAACUACUGCCUAUACCACAAAACCAUGAUGGGAAUGUUUUAAUGUAGAUAGUGAGAAUGUUAUACAAGAUCAUUUUUUCAUAAGCUAGGGCCCUGUGCCCUCACAGGCAGCUUUUCUAAAUCUUUCAUUUUUACUAAUUCUACACAGCAGCCGAGUCUAUAUUAGUGCAAGAUUUCUGGUAAGGGAGUCUCUAACAAAUCUAUUAGUAUGACAGGGUAUAUACACUGACCUGGCUUAGGCAACUCUUACUGUACAAUAGGAGCUAUAUAAUUUGGCCUUUAUCAGACUACUACUAUUAGUUAUUGUGUGGGCCAUUUUUAAUUCAACAUAGGAUUAAACCAUGUAGUGGGGGUAAAGUUUAAGACAAAUUAUUCCUUUCCACUAAAUACAAGCUAAUGCAUUUCCACUUAGCAUUAUAAUGACGAAAAUAAAAUGAACAUGAUUAACACAG